UCCCCUAGCUUUGUCUUAUCGGGUUCUCAAUCCCUUUAAACACUUUUCUCUUUCCCCUGCAUUGUUGACGCCCCAAAGUUCCCGCAGCUCUCUCUCUCUCUCUCUCUCUCUCUCUCAUGGGAGCCAAACCCACUGCAACCCACUGAAAUCCCCAAUUUACGAGAUGAAAAUCAUCCUCAAGUUCAUCCCCUUCAUACUCCUCUUUUCCCUCGUAGACUCCUCAUGCAACAGCAGAGACCAACAACUGGUUUCAAACGCCUUCAGCUCCGUUUCAGGCUUCAACUCCACUUGGCUCACCCCCACCAAUCGCUCCUGCCCAAACCCACCAAUUACACACAUCAACCUGUCAUCAAGAAACCUCAACGGCAUCAUCUCAUGGAAGUUCCUCGGAAACAUCUCCCAAUUACAAAAGAUUGACCUCUCCAAUAACUCCCUCCAGGGCUCUGUUCCAGGCUGGUUUUGGUCAAUUUCAACCUUAGUUGAUCUCAAUCUGUCGAAAAAUCGGUUCGGCGGGUCGAUCGGUUUCGAACCCAGUUCAGAUUUGGGUCCGGUUUCAUCAAUUCGGGCGAUGAAUUUGUCGAACAAUAGGUUCACCAACCUGGCUCGUCUCUCUGCUUUUUCAAACCUCUCUGUUCUUGACCUUUCGAAUAACGAUUUAACGGUCUUGCCUUUUGGGCUCACCAACUUAACCAAUCUCCAUUAUCUUGAUCUCUCUAGUUGUAAAAUAGCAAACAAUUCAAAACCCAUUUCUAGUCUCCACUCAUUGAGUUACUUAGACUUGUCGAGUAACAAAAUGACCGGUGAUUUUCCCUCUGAUUUUCCUCCCUUGUUUCGCAUCAAAUUCUUGAAUAUUUCAUUCAAUAACUUCUCAGGUAAAAUUGCCCCGGACCAGGUCCAAAAAUUUGGUAAUUUGGCAUUUAUUCAUGCUGGAAAUUUCACAAAAAAAUUCCCAAAUAAGUCUCAUCCAAUAAUCCCUCCAAAAAUACCCAUCAAGAAACAAAAACCCAAAUCGAUAAAAAUGAAACAAUCUGUAGUUCUACCCUUAUCAAUUGCUUCAUCAAUCUUUGUUUUGGGAAUUUUUGUGUCAAUUUAUUGCAUUUACAGGAGGAGAGAGAAAGUGAGGAGGAAGAACAAAUGGGCAAUCUCCCAACCCAUUGGUCAAUUCCCAUUCAAACUGGAAAAGUCUGGCCCGUUUUCAUUCGAAACCGGGUCGGGCACGUCAUGGGUGGCAGACAUAAAGGAGCCAUCAUCGGCUCCAGUAGUGAUGUUCGAGAAGCCGUUGAUGAAACUCACGUUCAAGGACUUGAUUGCUGCCACGUCACACUUCGGUAAGGAGAGUUUAUUGGCUGAGGGCAGGUGUGGGCCCGUUUACAGGGCUGUGCUUACAGGAGACCUCCACGUGGCAAUCAACGUGCUUAAGAAUGCCAGAGCCGUUGAUUUUGAUGAAGCUGUGGCCUUGUUUGAGGAUUUGGGUAGGCUUAGGCACCCCAAUCUGCUGCCUAUUUCUGGCUACUGCAUUGCAGGUAAAGAGAAGCUGGUAUUGUAUGAGUUCAUGGCCAACGGUGACUUACACCGAUGGCUCCACGAACUCCCAACUGGGGCCCCCAACGUGGAAGACUGGAGCACCGACAUGUGGGAGCAUCACGACGGAGAAGACGGACCCCAAAUGUUGUCGCCAGAAAAGAUGGAAUGGCGCACGCGCCACCGUAUCGCAGUUGGGAUUGCCCGUGGACUUGCCUACCUCCACCACGCGCAGUCAAAGCCCGUGAUUCACGGCCAUUUGGUUCCCUCCAACAUUUUGCUCGCUGAUGACUUUGAGCCCCGGAUUGCCGAUUUUGGACUGAGUCGGGACCGAGUAGGUGGGUCAACCGAGGAUGACGUGUACAGUUACGGAGUGGUGUUGGUCGAGCUAUUGACAGGUCAACCCGGGUCGAAUGAGAUGGUCGGGUGGGUUAGGAGGUUGGUGAAGGAGGGAGAUGGAGAGAGUGCGUUGGACUCAAGGUUGAGACUCGACGAUGACUCGGUGAGUGAAAUGGUGGAGAGUCUCCGUGUUGGGUACUUGUGUACCGCGGAGCUGCCCGGGAAAAGACCCACAAUGCAGCAAGUGGUUGGUUUGCUCAAGGAUAUACACCAACUCAACUGAGUUGACUCAUGUCAUCAACGUUUCAAUUUGCAAGAUAACUAGCUAGCUCAUGCUAUUUAAUUCCCUCAUUCAAAAAACAAAUAGGUAGAAAGUUGGCCACAUGAGUCUCACUCCAGCCAACAAUGUGCUUAGAAUUAUGAGUAAUUGGUCAGUGGUCUUGGUCUUGGCACCACUGCUUGAUAUCUCAACAUUCUUCUCUACACACAUUCGUGUGGGUGUCCAAUUAUUUUUGAGGUGUUUAGAAGAUUUUUACCCAAAAGA